AUGGCAGCACUGCUAUCCCGUGUCUACACGGCUUUCAGUCCUCCGACAGUUGAGAAGAAGAGCGACGCCAUCAAGAUCGGUAUCUUAGGAGCGGCGAGAACUGCGCCUCUGUCGUUGAUCACGCCCGCCAAGUCGCAUCCAGAGGUGAUUGUGCAAGUGAUCGCGGCGAGAGAUCACAGCCGAGCUGAGGCAUUCGCCAAAAAGCACGGCAUUCCCGAAUUCAAAACUUCAUACCAAGAGGUUCUCGACGAUCCGAACAUCGACGCCGUGUUCAUCCCAUUGCCCAACAGUCUGCAUUUCGAAUGGUCGCUCCGUGCCAUCCGUGCUGGGAAACACGUCUUGCUGGAGAAACCGGCCACAGCCAAUGCCAUCGAGGCCAGCAUCCUUUUCAGCCAGCCCGAACUGUCCAAGCCUGGUGGUCCGGUUUUAUUGGAGGCCUUCCACAACCGCUUUCAUCCUUCCAUUCGAGCGUUUCGAUCCCUGAUCAACCCCGCCGAGGUGGAGCACGUGCACACAGAUUGCAUGGUCCCAUGGGUCCUGGCCGACAAGAAUGGCAUCGAGUUCAAUUAUGAUCUUGCUGGGGGGAGCAUCGCUCACAUUGGAACAUACACCUUCACUUUACUGCGCCUCAUUUUCGAUGCAGAGCCCGAGGAGUGCCUGAGCUGCGAGACCCGGACCUUCGGGGAUGGGAUCCACGACCGGUGCGACAAGAGUUCCAAGGUCUCGUUUCGCUUCCCGAACGGGGGCAUCGGCGAAGGUACCAGUACGCUGUGGGGCCCUUUGCUCUGGAAACCCUCCGAGGCGAGGGUGACGCAUCGCCAGGUUGUGGUCCCGGAUAACACGCUCCCGUCUGACCAGGAAAAGCUACUGACGCGCCAGGUCACGCUGCAUGGGUUCAUGCAGGCUUUCAUCUGGCAUCGUAUCGACGUCAAGGACUCGUAUGUGAUUCGCAAUAAAGUCGAUGGUCAGCCGGUCAAGACGUGGGUCGAGUCAAAGUCGCAAAAGGUAUACUCAUACAAAGAUGCUGGUGCUGAAUUCGCGAAUGUGCCUGGUGAGGAUUGGUGGAUGUCGUAUCGCUAUCAGCUCGAGGAGUUUGUGAACCGGGUGAAGGGUCGUCGGACGCAGACUUGGAUCGGCGCCGAGGACUCGAUCAACCUGAUGAAGAUGGUUGACAUGGCUUAUGAGAAAAGCGGACUGGGAUUACGGCCGACUAGUUCGUUUGGGUAG